GAAAAAUCAGAAAAUCAGGGGCGGAAUCCAACCCGGGCUCUCAACUCAAUUUAACCCGAUUUUCUGAAUCACAAAUAUAUAUCCCUCCUCUCUUCGCUCUUCUUUUUCCGAGCCAUCGACUCGAGCCCAUUCUUCUUCAAUCUCCCGAUAAACCCUAGAUUUUUCCCGUGUUAGGGUUUUGGUCGGCCGGAGACCAUCGUUUGCUUCCAGUUCCGUACUAUCUCCGUCUUGAUUCAACACCUACUGGGGAUUUCACCGCUCUCUUUCCGACAGACUUGAAUUUUUCGCUGAAGUUGCUGCAUCUUUUCUGCUGCGAUCCGUGCUCUCUGAAGAUAUGUUCACCAAAAAGAGGAAUGCUUCGACGAACGUCAAUGGAAAUUUCAAAAAAACAAAGCAAGAAUUGGAAACAAAUUCAAGUGGUAUAGGAAGCAAAUCGAAGCCAUGCACGAAGUUUUUCAGUACUGCUGGAUGUCCCUUUGGUGAAAGCUGCCAUUUUCUUCAUUAUGUUCCGGGUGGCUAUAAUGCUGUUGCCCAGAUAAUGAAUUUGGCACCUGCUCCAGCCCCAAGAAAUGUGCCCCCACCACCUGCUGCAAAUGGAGCAGGAUCUGGUGCUUCAGUAAAAAAUAAGCUAUGCAACAAAUACAACACGGCUGAAGGAUGUAAAUUUGGUGACAAGUGCCGCUUUGCACAUGGUGAGUGGGAAAUUGGCAAGUCCUUGACGCCAGCCCACGAAGAUCAUUAUCUGGCUGGGCCCCCAUCCAUUCCUGGCCGCUAUGGUGGCAGGGUCGAGCCAGUGCCGAUGUCAGGGCCAGCUGCCAGCUUUGGGUUAUCUGCAACGGCUAAAAUAAGUGUGGAUGCAUCCCUUGCUGGGGCUAUCAUUGGGAAGAGUGGAGUGAACUCCAAGCAUAUAUGUAGGCAAACUGGUGUGAAACUGUCGAUUAGGGACCAUGAGACAGAUACAAAUCUGAAGAACAUUGAGAUUGAGGGCUCGUUUGAUAAGAUUGCUCUAGCAAGCGAGAUGGUGAAGGAUCUGAUCGGGCGCCUUGGUUCCAUGGGAAGAGCGGUGGCACCUUCAGCUCACGGUGGUGGUGGUGGACCAGCCAACAGUGGAAACCAUUUCAAGACAAAGCUAUGUGACAAUUUCAGUAAAGGAGUGUGCACUUUUGCAGAGAAGUGCCACUUCGCGCAUGGUGCUGCUGAACUGCGCAAAUCUGGCACAGUCUAAUUUUAAGAUGGAUGGAUACUUGUUCACAACUUUUGGGUAGUAUUUCCCCCUUUCAGCCAUCUUUGCAUGCAAACUCCUGGAAUAAUGACUUAAUCUUGUGGUAUUCAGGCAUUGCUUUUCUUUUUUGAGUGAUACUUCGUACCGUUAUUUUGGUUAUUGUAGUGAUUUCCUGACCAUUUAUGCUGAUUCUGCUGCAUCGUGUAGUCUUUGCUGCUUCGUGUUAGAUGUGGAGUAUAAUAUGGUUGGUAUUAACCCAAGAGCUUACUGUUGGGUUGAGGACCUGAGGUCCAGUUUGAUCAUAUUAAAAUCGGAUGAAUGUGCCAAAUUUGAUGAAAUUCUAAAAUUGAUGAGAUAUUGAUUGAAAGGACUGAAUUAAAUCAAUAUGUUUGAAUUAUGAGAAAUUAAUUAAAUUAUAUU